UCUCAGGAAUGUACAUUAGCAUUUCCGCAAUUUUCAUAACUAGUUUGGCGUCAUCUUGCUAUACAGUUAACGUCUAUAAUAUUUUUUAAGCAUUGAUCAGUACUCAAUAAUGGCCGAAGUUAAAGCAGCGAAGGUCAAUAAAAAGGAUGACGUUGUGAGUAACACAAAUCAGAAAGAAGACCACGACUGGACUGCCGCUAAGGCUUUCUAUGAAAACCUAGGGUCUAAAAAGAGACCCAGACCUCCCAAACCUCAAAAUGCUGUUACGAUCGCUGUAUCUUCACGGACACUGUUCAACAUGGUCAAAGAAAGACAAUUCUACGAAGACAAAGGUUUGGAAAAAUACGUGGCGUACCAACUGGAACACGAAAAUGAGCCCCUGAUGCCAGGAGCAGCGUUUCCGUUUGUAAAGGCAGUAAUGACAGUUAAUGCCCGCUUACGGGAACUCUAUCCUGAUAGCGAAGAAUUGUUUGAUGUUGUUCUGAUGACUAACAACCACGCCCAGGUUGGAGUGCGGCUCAUUAACAGCAUCAACCAUUAUAAUUUAACAAUUGAGAGAUUCUGUAUGACUGGUGGAAAAAGUCCCAUUGGUUACCUAAAGGCUUACCUGACCAACCUCUACCUCUCAAAUGAUUCUGAAAAAGUAAAGGAGGCGAUAGAAGAAGGUUUUGCAGCUGCCACCAUGUUCAAUGUUGAAAAAGAAGUCCAACUGCAUAAUAAUCAGCUGAGGAUUGCUUUUGAUGGGGAUGCUGUUCUCUUCUCUGAUGAAUCAGAACAAAUUGUGAAGGAACAUGGAUUAGACAAAUUUUUUGAACACGAGAAAGAUUUUGAGAACAAACCUCUAGCACAGGGUCCCCUGAAAUGCUUUCUGGAGGCUCUGGGAAAACUCCAGCGAAAAUUCUACGCAAAAAAUGAGCGUAUGGACUGCCCAAUCAGGACCUACCUGGUGACUGCAAGGAGUGCUGCAAGUUCAGGGGCCAGAGCCCUCAAGACCCUGAGGAGCUGGGGCUUGGAGAUUGAUGAGGCACUUUUCCUGGCUGGGGCCCCCAAGGGGCCGCUUCUGGAAAAGAUCCGCCCUCAUAUCUUCUUUGAUGAUCAAAUGUUCCACAUUGAAGGUGCUCAACAGCUGGGUACCAUUGCUGCACAUGUGCCUUAUGGAAUUGGUCAGAAGUACAACAAGGGCAAGCUUAAAGAGGAGAGUCCUAAGAAGUGACAGACCAAGGGUGUAGGUUAAUGAUUCGGAGAUUGGUAGAAGCAACAAUUAUAUUCUCUACUGGUGUUAAGUGGGAAAACAGCUUUUAAACUUAAUUUUAUCCUCCUGACAUUUCGGUUAACGUAGUUACUUUGGAUUUAAAAACACAACCUUGACAAGGUGAUGUAAAUGAUUUAGCUGCCUUAUCAAUCUGCAUUAUAAAGCAAAAAUAUCCAUUGGGAAGCCCAUGACAAUAUAAGUUGUAGAAGUGUUCCAAACCACAAUGCAAGCAACAGUUACAAAAGUCCCUCUGUGCAUAUUACAUUUGCAGAUCCUCUGUCCAUGAUGUCUAGCAUACUAGGGGUAUGCUGCUUCUCUAUUUAGAGGCAUAAAUAUUGGACAAAAGAACUUGUGCAUAACAUACACAAAAGGAUGUGUUUAUUCUAAAGCCCUAAAAAUAUCAUAUAUUAAAACAGUAUACACACAGUAUAUCAUGCUGUCUGUUUGUGCUUUAGUGCAGGUUGCACAGUACAAUGCUGCAACACCAUGCAUUUUAACAUAGUGAGCCAUCUGUUUGUGUUAAUAGCCAAAGAUACAUCAGGAAUAGUUCAGGUCGGUUGAAUAGAUUCCAUGAAGUCUAUACUCGGAUAGCUUUCUCCCACUGUCUAUUUGUUACCUUUUUGACACAUAUAUGUGGGUGACAGUCAUAUCACUAAGAAAAAUACACUUAGUAACAGGUUUACAUUGACUCUGUUCCUUAGAACAUAUUUUUAUAGAGAUACACAAAAUACUAAUAUAUAGAUAUAUAAAAAUACACACAAAAACAGAAAGGCAAGUUUGUUCACUUGGUUUACAGAAAUAUUAUACCUCAUACAAAGUGUUUCUUUGCUGAAAUACUAAAUGGGGGAAUAAUUUGUGCUGAUAAUGAGACCACCCAACCACGGUAAAUUCUUCCUGGUGUGUGUCCCUACAUUAUUUUUAUUUUUUUUUACAGUUUGUCUACAGUCGUUCAGUAGUUCAGCUAGUCUGCUAUACAUGGAGUUUUUUUAGAGUUUUUUUUAUUUAUUUUUUUAUUGUCUAGAAUACAUCACAAUGUGGUAAUUUCUUACUGCACUACUUAGGUUUUUUUUCGACCUGAAAAAAGAAACAAGGACCAGGGGUCAGAAAUGGAGAUUAGACAA